CUUCCCCGCCAGUGCUUGCCCUUCCCCUCCUGCCCGGGGUCGCAGCGGUCCGGUCUCCUGCCGGCGCCCCCUCCUCGCGGCCGCGCAGCCGCCCCCGUCUCGCUCUCCCCACCCAGUGCAGUGGCCGCCGCCUCUUCCGCCGCCGGGCUCCGGGCCUCUGCACCGACAACAUGGAGGCUGUGAAAACCUUCAACAGCGAGGAUUGUGCCUCUACUCCUGCUUGUACAGACUGCUUUUCCAGCAGCAUGGACACAAGAAGCAUAUUGUAUUCCCUGAAUGACUAUAAGCCACCCAUUUCUAAAGCAAAAAUGACCCAAAUUACUAAAGCAGCCAUCAAAGCUAUUAAGUUCUAUAAACAUGUGGUACAGAGUGUUGAGAAAUUCAUCCAGAAAUGUAAACCAGAAUACAAGGUACCUGGGCUUUACGUUAUUGACUCCAUUGUACGACAGUCUCGACAUCAGUUUGGUCAAGAAAAGGAUGUGUUCGCACCCAGAUUUAGUAAUAACAUCAUUAGCACUUUCCAGAAUUUAUAUCGUUGCCCUGGAGAUGACAAGAGUAAGAUAGUGAGAGUAUUAAACUUAUGGCAGAAAAAUAAUGUAUUUAAGAGCGAGAUUAUUCAACCUCUUUUGGACAUGGCAGCGGGCAUUCCCCCCCCAGUUGUCACACCUGUGCUGGCCAGUACUACUGCUGCCAUGAGCAACACCCCAGGAACUCCUGUGACACCUGUUACUCCAGCCAAUGUGGUCCAAGGUUUACCUGAUCCGUGGGUAUCUCAGAUAACAAAUACAGAUACACUUGCAGCUGUAGCUCAGAUCUUACAGAGUCCUCAAGGCCAACAGCUUCAGCAAUUAAUACAGACUUUACAGAUACAACAGCAGAAGCCUCAGCCUUCCAUCCUGCAAGCCCUGGAUGCUGGUCUUGUGGUCCAGCUGCAGGCUCUUACAGCACAGCUUACAGCAGCAGCUGCAGCAGCCAACACUCUUAAUCCCUUAGAACAGGGCGUGUCUUUUAACAAGAAGUUGAUGGAUAGGUUUGAUUUUGGGGAAGAUUCUGAGCAUAGUGAAGAACCCAAAAAGGAAAUUCCAACUUCUCAACUUUCUCAUGUUUCAGAAUCUGUGAACAAUUCCAUUUUUCAUCAGAUAGCAGAACAGCUACAGCAGCAAAACCUUGAACAUCUAAGACAGCAACUUCUGGAACAACAGCCUCAAAAGGCAACUCCUCAGGAUAGUCAAGAAGGAACAUUUGGGUCAGAGCAUUCUGCGUCACCAUCACAAGGAAGCAGUCAGCAGCAUUUCCUUGAACCUGAAGCAAAUUUAGAUGAUUCCAUAGAUAUUCAGCAACAGGAUAUGGAUAUAGAUGAAGGGCAAGAUGGAGUGGAAGAGGAGAGCUUCGAACAAGAAGCAAAGAAGGUGGCUGUUCGUUCAAGAUCAAGAACACAUUCACGAUCUCGUUCAAGAUCACCAAGAAAACGAAGGUCUAGGUCUCGAUCUGGUUCUCGAAAGCGUAAACACAGAAAGCGAUCGCGCUCCCGUUCUAGAGAAAGAAAGAGGAAAUCGUCACGUUCAUACUCAAGUGAAAGAAGAGCUAGAGAAAGGGAGAAAGAACGGCAGAAAAAGGGGUUACCGCCAAUUAGAUCCAAAACAUUAAGUGUGUGCAGUACUACUCUGUGGGUUGGUCAGGUAGACAAGAAGGCAACACAGCAGGAUUUAACUAACCUGUUUGAAGAGUUUGGACAGAUCGAAUCUAUUAAUAUGAUUCCUCCCAGGGGCUGUGCUUAUGUCUGCAUGGUUCAUCGACAAGAUGCAUUUCGGGCUCUUCAGAAACUCAGUUCCGGAUCGUAUAAAAUUGGCUCCAAGGUCAUUAAGAUCGCUUGGGCUUUAAACAAAGGUGUAAAAACAGAAUACAAACAAUUCUGGGAUGUGGAUCUUGGAGUUACGUAUAUACCAUGGGAAAAAGUUAAAGUGGAUGACUUGGAAGGUUUUGCAGAAGGAGGCAUGAUUGAUCAGGAAACUGUAAAUACUGAGUGGGAAACUGUGAAAAGCUCAGAACCGGUUAAAGAGACGGUCCAGACGACUCAGAGCCCCCCUCCAGUUGAAAAGGAAACAGUGGUCACGACCCAGGCAGAGGUUUUCCCUCCGCCUGUUGCUAUGUUACAGAUUCCAGUAGCUCCAGCAGUGCCUGCAGUUAGUUUAGUCCCACCAGCAUUUCCUGUGUCAAUGCCAGUUCCUCCUCCUGGAUUCAGUCCAAUUCCUCCACCUCCUUUUCUCCGAGCAAGUUUUAACCCUUCACAACCACCUCCUGGUUUCAUGCCACCUCCAGUUCCACCACCUGUUGUACCACCACCUACUAUCCCACCAGUAGUACCAACAUCUUUAGUGCAGCCACCAUUAUCUAUGACUCCAGAAACUGUGAAAGAUGUUGGAUUUGGUAGCCUUGUUUUACCAGGUGGUUCUGUUGCCAGCAGUCUUGCUACUUCCACUCUGCCAGCCGGAAGUGUUUUUAAUCCUCCAACUAAACAAGCAGAGCCUGAAGAAAAAGUACCUCAUCUUUUAGACCACCAGAUUUCUUCUGGUGAAAACACCAGAUCAGUGAUUCCAAAUGAUAUUUCAAGCAACUCUGCAAUUUUAGGAGGACAGCCGCCAAAUGUGACAAGCAAUUCUGGGAUUCUAGGAGUCCAAAGACCAAAUGUAUCAAGUAAUAAUGAAAUCCUUGGAGUCCGGCCGUCUAAUGUUUCCAGUGGUUCUGGGAUUAUUGGACCCCAGCCACCAACUAUUCUAAAUAACUCUGGAAUUUUGGGAAUACAGCCACCAAGUGUGUCGAGUAGUUCUGGACUUUUGGGGGUGCUUCCCCCAAAUAUACCUAACAGUUCUGGACUCAUAGGAGUACAGCCACCCGGGGUUCCAAAUCCUGGACUGUUGGGAACACAGCCACCAGCUGGGCCUCAAAAUUUGCCCCCUUUGAAUCUUUCUAAUCAAAGGAUGCCUGCAAUGCCAAUCUUAGACAUUCGUCCAGGACUCAUACCACAGACUCCUGGGCCACGAUUCCCUUUAAUACAGCCUGGAAUUCCACCCCAGCGGGGACUCCCUCCCCCAUCAGUACUUGAUGCAGCUCUUCAUCCACCACCCCGUGGUCCUUUUCCUCCAGGGGAUAUUUUUAGUCCACCUGAAAGACCUUUUCUAGUUCCUGGAAGACAAAGUGUAGACAAUGUCAGUAAUCCAGAAAAAAGGAUACCGCUUGGAAAUGAUAAUAUGCAACAGGAAGGAGAUAGAGAUUACCGGUUCCCUCCCAUGGAAACCAGGGAAACCAUCAGUAGGCCUCCCCCGGUGGAUGUUAGGGAUGUGGUUGGACGGCCUGUAGAUCCGAGAGAAGGUCCUGGAAGGCCUCCGUUAGAUGGCAGAGAGCAUUUUGGAAGACCUCCUGUAGAUAUUAGAGAGAAUCUUGUGAGGCCAGGCAUAGAUCAUCUGGGUCGGAGAGACCACUUUGGCUUUACUCCAGAGAAGCCAUGGGGGCAUAGAGAUUUCGACGAGAGAGAGCACCGGGUUCUGCCUGUCUAUGCGGGGCCAAAAGGCUUACAUGAAGAAAGAGGGCGAUUUCGGUCUGGAAACUAUCGGUUUGAUCCUAGAAGUGGUCCUUGGAACAGAGGAUUUGGACAAGAGGUUCACAGAGAUUUUGAUGACCGCAGAAGACCCUGGGAGAGGCAAAGGGACAGGGACGACAGAGAUUUUGAUUUCUGCAGAGAAAUGAAUGGAAAUCGGCUUGGACGAGAUAGAAUUCAGAACACCUGGGUCCCCCCACCUCAUGCUCGGGUUUUUGAUUUUUUUGAAGGGGCCACUUCUCAACGAAAAGGUGAUAAUGUGCCUCAGGUUAAUGGUGAAAAUACCGAGAGACAUGCUCAGCCACCACCUUUACCAGCACAGAGCGAUCCUGAACUUUAUGAAAAACUGACAUCUUCAAGUGAAAUAAGCAAGGAGAAGAGUGACACAGUUGCUGAUAUAGAAAGUGAACCAGUGGUAGAAAGCACAGAAACUGAGGGGACAUAAUCAUCACUCAGUAGGUAAAAGAUACAUUUUGUAAAGUUGUCAUCUCUCUGUAAUAGAUUAAUGGCUGACUGGACCAUAGUUGUUCACUUUUGUCUGCCAGAAUUAAGUUAAUCUGAUGUUCAUGUUCACCUUUCUCUUAAAAUAAUUGUACAACUGACUUGUAUAGACAUUGUUCUUAAUAUGAACAUGGUAGGUAAACAUUUUUUUAUUUUUCUGAUAAAAUAUAAAUGUUGCCCCCAGAUUCUUUUAACUUCAAGGAAAUGAAUAACAGCUUGUCAGAGACUUCCUAUGGAAGAAAGAAUUUUUUAGAUACUACCAUUAGGUUGGAUAUGGUAAUAGAUAUAUUUCAAAUAGCAAGUGGUGGUAUAUCUUAUCCAUAUCUUUAGGCUGCUGCAGAAUUUUAAGGUAAUAGACAAAGCUGUGAUAUUUUAUGCAAAGACUGGCUCUAGAUAUUUGAGGAGCACAAUACAGAGAUUUUAAAAAGUGAUUUUGUAAAAUCUACACUAUGGUCUCUGUUUCUCCAAAGUAAGUGUUUGUGAUUUGUUCCUCAUACUCAGUGAGUGAAAAAGAAAAAAGAAAACAAGAAAACAACAUAAAUAUUAAAGUACGUUUCAAUGUUGGGUGAAUUUUGUUUUUAGAUGCCAAUAAAACUUAUUUGUUUGA